AGAGUGACAGAGUGACCCCCUCAGUGUUUGUGAGUGAGUGAGUGAACAAUCAUGUCAGGACAGCGCGAGUGUGUGUGUGUGUCGGACUUUGAAGACGAAGCCAGAAAAGUUCUUCCUAAAUCUGUGUUUGAUUAUUACCGAUCAGGAGCUGACCAACAACACACUCUGACUGACAAUGUGGCUGCUUUCAACAGGUGGCAUCUUCUCCCUCGCGUGUUGAGGGACGUGUCCACAGUGGACGUGAGUGUCUCUGUGCUCGGUCACAGGCUCAGCAUGCCUGUGUGUGUCGCUGCCACAGCGAUGCAGAGGAUGGCUCACCCAGAGGGAGAGACAGCGACAGCGAGAGCAUGCCGAGCAGUGGGAACAGGGAUGAUGUUGAGCUCUUGGGCCACGUCCACGAUCGAGGAAGUCAUGUCGGCGAUGACGAGCUCAGCAGGGGGCGCUCUGCUGUGGCUGCAGCUCUACAUCUACAAGGACCGAGAGCUCACGCUGUCACUGGUGCGCCGGGCAGAACAGGCGGGCUAUACGGCCAUCUUUGUUACCGUGGACACGCCCUACUUAGGGAGGAGACUGGACGACAUGAGGAACCGUUUUAAACUGCCCUCACACCUGAGUAUGUCUAACUUUACUUCAGCCUCCCUGGCGUUCUCUGAGGGAAACUAUGGCGACGACAGUGGUUUGGCUGUUUAUGUGGCUAAAGCCAUCGAUCCCACUCUCUGCUGGGACGACAUCACGUGGCUGAAGAAACACACACAUCUACCUGUGAUUGUCAAAGGAAUACUGAAUGGUGAGGAUGCUGUCCAGGCCGUGAACCGCGGGGUCAGUGGAAUCCUCGUGUCCAAUCACGGAGCGCGGCAACUGGACGGAGUUCCUGCCACGCUGGACGUGCUGGAGGAGGUGGUGAAGGCAGUGGACGGUCGAUGUGAAGUCUACAUGGACGGAGGAGUGAGACGGGGGACAGACGUCCUCAAGGCCUUAGCUCUGGGAGCAAAGGCUGUGUUCAUCGGCCGACCGGUGCUGUGGGGCCUUUCCUGUCAGGGGGAGCAGGGAGUGACUAAGGUCCUUGAACUUGUAAAAGAGGAGCUGCGUCUGGCUAUGGCGCUGUCAGGUUGUCGCUGUGUAUCUGAGGUGAGCAGGUCUCUGGUCAGGAGAACUGAGUUCAGCUCCAGGAUGUAAAAGAAGAAUCUGCAGCUGAUCCCUUGUUGAUAUGUCAGAUCAUAACGCCAUGGUUGUCUCAUGUAGUGGAUUGUUUCAUUAGAACUUCCUGUCUUAUGGUCUCUGCAUGUAUACAACACUCUUGUAGUCUUCAUGACCACUCAAAGCUGCUUUACAUUCACCCAUUCACACCAUUCACUCACACAUGGAGGCAUGCAGAUUAACGGACCUGGAAACAUAACCCUCAACCUUCCAAAUGAAAAGACAACUGGCUCCAGCACUGAUGCAGCAUCGCUCUGUAUAAUCUGUCCUUUACGAACAUGAGGAGCAGCGACGAGCAGAAGUCCAAACGCUUUUCAUUGCUUUCACACAAAAUGCAUUCAAUGACCACAUGUACACACAAGUCAAGUAAAAUGCAAAUGCACUGUUUACACACACUCAACACAAGAUGAUGCCAAGUUUCUAUAGAAAAUGAUAUUAUAUCCAGAUAUUAUUUAUAUGUCAACCAUCUUUACCUUUAAGCUUGACAGACAGUUAAAUAUAUGUGAUUAAUAUUGUGACAUACAGUAUAUCACAAUAUUGGAUAUUUGAAUAAGAUUGUUCUCAUAUUGCGUUUGUCACAUUUAGCUUCAAACAAUGUUUGAAAAGGUCUCUCUUUAGCACAUUUACAACAAUAUUUGUUCACUUACAAAUGUAUUAAAUAGUUCAAUCUAAA